AUGGAUCAGAUGGCGUUUGUGACUCCGAGAGGGUCACUGUCGAGCAUCGGAGACUCGACGGAGCUUGAGGUCAAUCCCAAUCUCACUCUCAGCGAUAAGCUCAGGGUUUUCAAGAGUUCCUCCUUUGAUCCCAAUGCCUUCAUCCAAACCAAAUCCCGCGCCAUGAAUGAAAAGGAGAUAAGGCAUUUGUGUGUUUAUCUUGUUGACCUGAAGAAGGCUUCUGCUGAAGAAAUGCGGAAAAGUGUUCUUGCUAACUACUCAGCCUUCAUUCGUACAUCCAAAGAGAUUUCGGAUCUUGAGGGGGAGCUAGUUUCCAUGAGAAAUCUUCUGGUGACGCAGGCCGCAUCAGUUCAUGCUAUAGCAGAAGGUUGUCAGCUUAGUACCUUGGUUGCUAGAAAAGAAAACUCGGACAUGGAAGAGAUACUAAGUCAAAAAACGGAUCUAUCCAAGACAGAGAAAUGGCUGAUAGAGUUUCUAGAAACGCUGGAGGUUCUAUUAGCAGAGAAAAGAGUGGACGAAGCGAUGGCUAAGUUGGAAGAAGGCAAAAAAAUGGCAGAAGAAAUUACUAGAGAGAAACUUCUGAGUCCAGUUUUGUUCCAGGCAUUGGAAGAUGCCCUUGCUGAUAAGAAGAAAAAAUUAGCUGAUCAGCUAGCAGAGACUAUGGGCCAGUCAUCCACUCGAAACUCAGAAAUUCGUUUCACAGCUUGGGCUUUGAAAAAGCUAGGAGACGGUCCUCGUGCUCACACAUUACUACUAAAUGCACACAAAGAAAAGUUGCAGCGUAAAAUGAAUGGUUUUGAGUCCACCAAUGAUGGAAGGGUUAAAGCGGCUGGUCAAUACACAACUAGCCUUUCACAGCUUGUCUUUUCUAUCAUUUCACGAGCGGCAACAGAUUCUUUGACAGUGUUUGGCAAACAAGAGCCUGCAUAUAGUUCGGAGCUGGUUACUUGGGCCGUAGGGCAGGUUGAGAAUUGUGCUCUUCUCCUAAAGAAGCGCAUCCUUGCCUCGGCUGCUGCUACAGGAAGCCUCAGAGUUGCAGUUGAAAGUGUUCAUGUUUGCAUGAGCCACUGUCAACUGUUGGAGGUUAAUGGAUUGGCCCUUUCCCCUGUCUUGCUCAAACACUUUAGGCCAUUAGUUGAGCAAGCAUUGAACAAUAAUUUGAAAAGAAUUGAACAAACCACUGCUGCAAUUGCUCUUGGAGAAGAAUGGUCACUUGUUUAUGCACCAACCAGCAGGAAUUCAGGCCUCGCUCCUGUUUCAUCAUCCCAGCCAAAACUUUCAAGUAGUGCUCACAAAUUCAACUCAUUGGUUCAGGAACUUUUUGAAGAUGUAGAACCUCUUGAAAUCUUACAGUUAGAUGGUCUUGCAUAUGAAGGCCUUCUACGGGUGUUUAACUCCUACAUCAAUCUGCUGAUAAAUGCAUUACCAGGUUCGGUAGAAACUGAGAACCUGGAAGGUACAUCAGUUCAUAAAAUUGUAAAGAUUGCUGAGACUGAAGCACAGCAGAUAGCAGUGCUAGCCAAUGCAAUAUUGCUAGCAGAUGAAUUAAUCCCUCGUGCCGUUGUGAAGCUUUCACACAGCAGCAAAGGUGAUGAGUCUCAUAGAAAAGGAUCAGACAAGCAACAAAGGCUUCCUGAACAGCGCGAAUUGAAGAAGAGACUCCAGCGGGAAGUUGAUCGCCUCAGAGACAGUUUCUGCAGGCAGCAUGCUCUUGAGCUCAUCUUUAACGAGGAAGGGGAAACACGCCUCAAUGCAAUGAUGUAUUUGAGUUUAGACGGACAAGGCCAACAACCUGAAUGGUUUCCUUCUACAAUUUUUCAGGAGCUCUUUGCAAAGCUUACAAGAGUGGCAACAAUUGCAACAGAUAUGUUUGUGGGAAAGGACAGGUAUGCAACCCUUUUGUUGAUGAGACUUGCAGAGUCUGUGAUCCUUUUUCUUGCUGAUGACCAAACCUUCUGGGGAGAGGUAGAGACAGGCCCAACGCCUUUGGGUCCUCUUGGCCUUCAACAGCUUUAUUUGGAUAUGCAAUUUGUGAUGAUAUUUGCAUCCCAAGGUCGAUAUUUAUCUCGUCAUCUGCACCAAUCUAUCAAAGACAUCAUCAGUAAGGCAAUUGAAGCUGUUGCUUCUACAGGACUAGAUCCCAACAGUAUAUUGCCAGAGGAUGAGUGGUUUGUUGAAGUUGCUCAGAUUGCUGUAAAGACGUUAACUGGGAAAGCUGCCUUUGAUAUAGACGAUGAUGUCGGUAGCCCCUUUGCCGCCGGCGAAGGUAAAUCUGUAUUUGAAAUUAAUCAUGAUUUUAUGGAAUUCUGGGUUCAAGUUCAUGGUAUUCCUGUUGACUACACGAGUAAGAAAACAGCCAUUCAUAUUGGGAACAUGUUAGGAGUUGUUGCUGAAGUAGAAAACCCAAAGGUGGAUGGAGUUAUUAAGAGAUCUUUUUUGAGAAUCAGAGUAGGCAUCAAUAUAACAAAGGCUCUUCCAACAGGAUUUUGGUUAGCAAGAGAAAAAUCGUCAAACCUAUGGGUAUAUUUUCAAUACGAAAGGUUACCAGAGUGUUACUGCUACAACUGUGGCAUCAUUGGACAUGAAAAGAAAAACUGCAAAAAUCAAAUAGCAAUGGCAGUUUGGGAUCCGACAAAGCCUAAAUACUCAGCAGGUUUGGGAGUUAGCCAGGUUCGAUCUACUACAUCCAUAAGUGCUGGUAGCUCAAGACAAGGAGGAUGA